AUGCUGCAGCAGGAGGAAGAGGCACGGGCGCUACAAUCCGUCCUGGAUGUCUUAGACGAGCAGCAGCAGCAGCAGCAGCAACAGCAGCAGCAGCACGAGGUGCUGCAGCGGAGCAGCAGAGGCCUCAGAGUGACUGCAGUGCGGGUGCCUGUAGAGUCUGACUUUGCUGCUGCUGCUUCUUUGCUGCUGUCGCUGCCGCAGGAGCUUCUAAUUCCGCAGCAGCAGCAGCAGCAGCAGUUAACAAGAGCUUUGCAUGUGCGCCUGGUAGCAGUUCCAUCGCCAGCAGCAGGAUUUCAAGCAGCAGCAGCAGCAGCAGCAGCAGCACCUGUUGGCCUGCUGCUGCGCCGCCCCCUACGGUGGGUGCUGCAGCCCCUUCGUGUUGCACUUAAGCGGCAGCCGCAUAUUCAGCAGCAGCAGCAGCAGCAGCAGCGCUUGAGUGGAGAAGGUUCCCAGCAGCAGCAGCAGCAGCAACAGCAGCAGCAGCAGCAACAGCAAAAGCGGGUAGUCGCUGAGGUGUGGCUGACCCGAGGUGAAGGCUUUGAAAAAGAGUACCUCAUUCUUAGGCUUUCUGCUGCUGCUGCUGCUGCUGCGGACGCAGCAACAGACGCAGCAGCUGCAGCAGCAACAGCUGCAGCUGGAGAGCCUCUGCAGCUGGAAGUGAUUGCUGCGACUCCUGCUGCAGCAGCUGCUGCUGCUGCUGCCGACGGCCUCUCGCUGCAGUCCCCUCAGCUGCUGCAGUCUCUGGCAAAGCUGCUGCAGCAGGGGCUGCAGCACUCCCACAGACGGCGGCGUUUGCUGCUGCAGCAGCCAGUGCUGCUGCAGCAGCCAGUGGCUGCCGCAAGAAGGGCAGCAGCACACAGCAGCAGCAGCACCAACAGGCAGCAAAUGGCCUUCUUAGCUGCUGCUGCUGCUGCUGCUGCUGCUCGCCCUGUGGGGAGUUUUGGGGCUGCCCAGAAUAGCUGCAACAGCUGUCUAUACACCUCAGCAGCACAUCCGUACACUUGUAAAUAA